AUGUACAUCACUGCCUUCAAGUAUCACGACAAAUAUUACGAUAGACUGAUUGUUAGUCGAGCUUGGGUGAUCGGUUGCAACGGCCUGUUCUUCUAUAGAUCACUUUACAUUGCUAUCAAAGCAAAGAUCAAGAUUGAUCCUUCGUUGAGAUCGCAAGUUACUCAAGUCCUAUAUCAUUUAAGAGAGUGGGUCGGCCUCUUUGCUGAACUGAAUAUUGCGGUCACAAUCCUACACCGAUGUGCAAUCCAGUCCAAACUACCACCCAAUUGGAAAUCUACAGGUUAUUACGACAUUCAUGACAUGGUCUCUGCUCAAAGACGGAUUGAGCUGGAAACGCCAUACGAUCAAAUGACACCUUUAUUCCUCUUAGCCACUGAGAGGUUGAUCAAGCUUGACGAAAGAGGUUAUGGUAAUGAACAUAUACAGUUAGCUUGGAGGUUGGGUGGUUUUCAUACACCUUAUUCCCUUCCAGCAAAACUUCACGAGCUGGGUAGAUCGACCAGUGGCCUGUUCCCAAUCACAUGUCCUCCGUCAAACCAACCAACACGUGAUGAGAAGGGACGACGUGAGAAUUGGUUGCAAAUGGCAGUACGUGAAGCCAAAAAGAACCUAGCAUCAACAAUCAAUGGGAAAUCUGUAAGCUUUUUACCAGCGAUACAGAAAUUGCUGACAUAG